AUGAAGGCAGAUGAGCUCGUAGCCAUCUCUACCUCCCUGGGAGGGGACUUCAAGUCCAUUGAACCCCACCUGAUCAGACUCGAGAAGCAUCUCGUCCUGCGAACGUACCUUGCCGGCUACACCCUGAGCGAGCUCGAUACCAAGAUCUGGCUCGCCAUCAAGAGCAACCGUGCUGCCGUUUCCUUUGUCAAGAAGGGCUCCUACGCCAACCUGGCCCGAUGGUUCGCCUACAUUGAGCAGGUGCACCCCGAGAUUCAGAGCGAGGUCAAGGCCGCCGACGACGCCAGAAAGAAGAAGGUCCAGGCCGCUAGCAAGGCCGGCGGUAGCUACAACCUCGCCCUCCAGGAUGCCGACAAGGGAGUCGUGUGCAGAUUCCUGCCCGAGCCCUCUGGUUACCUGCACAUUGGUCACGCCAAGGCCGCUCUCCUCAGCGACUACUUCGGCCAUGAAGCAUACAAGGGCCAGCUCCGCCUGCGACUGGACGACACCAACCCCAGCAAGGAGAAGGAGGAGUACCAAGAUGCCAUCGUCGAGGAUCUGGCCCUCAUGGGUGUCAAGCCCGAUUCCCUCACCUACACUUCCGACUACUUCGACCACCUCUACGACACCUGCCUCAAGCUGAUCAAGGAGGGCCACGCCUACGCUGACGACACCGAUGUCGAGACCAUGCGCGAGGAGAGAGGAAACGGUACCCCGUCCAAGCGCAGGGAGCGUACCGUUGAGGAGAACCUGAAGAUCUUCGACGAGAUGAAGAGCGCCACCGAGGAGGGUCUUAAGAACUGCAUUCGUGCCAAGAUCUCAUUUGACAACCCCAACAAGGCUAUGAGAGACCCCGUCAUUUACCGAUGCAACGCCAACGACUCCCACCACCGAACAGGCCGCAAGUGGAACAUCUACCCUACCUACGAUCUCGCCUGCCCCGUUGUCGACAGUCUGGAGGGCGUCACGCAUGCUCUCAGGUCGACCGAGUACACUGACCGAAACCCCCAGUUCCAAUGGUUCUUGGACACCCUCAAGUUGCGUCAGGUGUACAUGUGGGACUUUGCUCGUAUGAACUUCAUCAAGACGUUCUUGUCCAAGCGUAAGCUGGCCAAGCUCGUCGAUACUGGACGUGUUUGGGGCUGGGACGACCCUCGCAUGCCGACCAUCCGCGGCAUUCGUAGACGUGGCAUGACCAUCCCUGCUCUGCGCGACUUCAUUCUCAAGCAGGGCCCUUCGAGAAAUGUCGUCGUCAUGGACUGGACGAGUUUCUGGGCCACCAACAAGAAGAUCAUUGACCCCAUUGCCCCUCGUCACACCGCCAUCACCAUCAAAGAUGCCGUCAAGGUUGUCAUCAUGGGAGAUGAUGCGCCUGCCGAGCCUUACAAGGAGGACAAGCCCAAGCACCCCAAGAACCCCGAAAUUGGAACCAAGAAGGUUGCCUUCAGCAAGGAGCUUAUCCUUGACCAAGCUGAUGUCAAGCUUUUCAAGGACGGCGAGGAGAUUACUCUCAUGCAGUGGGGCAACGCCAUCGUCCGAGCCAUUUCAUCAGGCGAACCAAUUGACCAAAUCACAUGCGAGCUGAACCUGAAGGGUGACGUUCGUUCCACCGAUAAGAAGGUUACCUGGUUGUCGACUCAAGGCCAGGAGCUCGUCAAGGCUGAGCUCUGGGAGUUCGACUAUCUCCUUACCAAGGACAAGUUGGAAGAGGAGGACGAACUGGAGAAAUUCCUGAACCCCGAGACAGCAAAGAUGGAGGAGGCUUGGUGCGACGAGGGCGUCAAGGAUCUGAAGAAGGAUGAUAUCAUUCAGCUGGAAAGACGUGGAUACUACAGAGUGGACAAGGCUGCCAACGAGAACGACGGCAAGGCCGUUCUUUUCGCCAUCCCUGAUGGAAAAUCGAAAUAG